AUGUUCUGCCAGUUCUUCUUCAGCAGCGAGGCCAGGAAGUUGGCAGCCAGCUGCGUGUUGACCACAAUCUGCUGCUUGUCCAGACCCACGUGGCCAAUGGCGACGUUGAGGCACAUGACCUUCUUCAUCUGGAACUUGAUGGUGGCGCGCACGGCCUCGGCCUUCUCGGUCAGCGAGUCGUUGGACGUCACGAGGGUCGGGAACUUGCCGGCCUUGUUAAGACCCGGACCUAACAGACGCGGGAUCUGCUUGAUGAGCGUGUCGGAGGCCAGGAAGGCGUCGUACUUCUUGGCAAACUUCUUGAUAACCUUCUUGUUCUUGUUGAACUUCUUGAGGUCGUCCACCCACGCAGAUCUUCAUGUUGGGGCGCGGCACGGUGGGCAGCUUGAACGUGCCGCUGAAACGCUUGUCUUUUUGCGGGUCGUAGUUCUUGAGCGCGAUCUGCAGCUCGAUGGUCUCGUUAAAGUUACGCUUCUUGCCCUUGAGCUCGUCACCGUUGAUGGUGACGGUCUCGCCGGCAGAGAAGGCCAGGAUGUCGUCCACGGCCUGCGACAGCAGCUCGGAGGAGAAUGA